UCCAGAUCAAGCCUUGGUCCUGGAAGCCAGGAUACAUAUCAACCACCGUCUCACAUUUUCACGGGUCUCCAAUAUUUCGUCCGAGCAGGUUAUGCUAUUCCUCGCUCACAAUGUCGCCGUGUAAGGACGCCCCUGAGGAACGUCGCUUCGAGUACAACUGGAUCGAUAGUGCAGAGAACCUUGAAAAAUAUAAACCGGGUGGGUAUCAUCCUAUCAUGAUUGGUGAUCUCCUAAUCGAAUCUGAAUUGGAAGACGCGUCCUCACAAGGUCUGUACACGGCAAUCAUGCCUUGGAAAGCACAGGUUUGCCCUUUUUGUCAGACUCGAUAUGCGAAUAAACAAGGCUUGAUAAACCAUCUCCUCAAAUAUACGGGGGAAUUGCGUAUUCCGGCCGACGGAAUACAUGAUGUCUUGGGGAUCCAGCGCCUCUCCAUCAUGAAGCGUCACUUCCCUGCAGAGGAAGUCUCUUACCGCUGUCCAUCCUGUUUAAAAGCCAUCAGCGGUCAACGAAGGUUCACUGAUCAUGUUAUUUAUCGCGGGCAUUACCGUCAUAGCGAGAACCACGAGGAGAAGUCAUCUCGGUUUGACCCCGAGCCUUUCAAGAUAUGGCGGCCGAGGGGCACAUUUCCACUUUUCCGUCUCCCUCCCGUUUGGCGCCGGGGCCACAAAACAGAACUACGACAAAUGGUAUACAGAGCCGUUCUUUGUUUUCAAAGCGUCAGGUUUUCUGGGUGCGUCCAGAAAUAUUCUGUUGACCCAGUUAAUGGCCUCCGGCUCCAGUAUAACCCCUCCAGGAACCUACUCGCUCUUCUGGCAGUGAGUCGUCAAGUUUAUCAUGAAGCGCGUCGAGUCUUCUAUCGCUACAAUACAUUCGUAUUCGAGUCCAAACCUCUUCUUCCCAUAUUUCUUAUCGGUAUCGGGAAGGCAAAUACGCUGCUACUACAAUCUGUAGAAUGGGUUAGCGACAGUGGCCUGUAUGAGAAUCACAUAGCUGUUCUUAAGUCGUUUAUAACGCGAAGAGAUGCAGAUGUGCCGGGACUGACGGAUGUCAGCAUUUGGAACGAUGAAGACCACUUUCUGGAAUUCAUGCGGAUAAUGAAGUUCCCGGAUCCAGUGUAUCGUCCCAGCACUGAUCGCCUACUGCGGCUAGAUGCCGACGAUGUGUCAGAAAGAGAUGGUUAUUAUCGCUACAGCCUUUCUGUUCGCUGCUCUGAGAAUGGAAGAAAACAAAACGGAAAGGCCGUAUAUGAAUUACGCACGCGGAGAAUGAGGGACGAUGACCCCCAUCUCCUUGGGGUUGCUCGGAUAGGAUUGAAAGCUUUCCUGAUAUACAAGUCGAGCAUGCAGAACUACAGCGCAGGGUGGUACGCUAAAGGCCUCUACUUUCGCUUGCAGGCUGAUAUCGCCCCCGUCUAA